AUGGAAGCUACAUCUUCCAAAAGACCAAGACAAACCAAAUCAUCCGCCCGCCGUCGGAAUCCUAGAUCUCCAUCACCUCCAUCUAGAUCUCCCUCACCUCCAUCUAGGUCCCCAACACCCCCAGCCGACCCGUCUCAUUUUGGUGUUGUAUGUCUUGGCCCAGUUCAACAGGGCAAACUUGAGUCAUUCCUUAAAAGAGGUCAUGCCAUCCAAAAAUUCGCGCAUGUUCCAACUUUGAAAGAGUUGCAUGUUUACAAUCAAGUCAAAACCCUGUUUCGCAACAUAGGGUGGCCCGGCUUGUUGAGGGUCCAUGAAUUGAGCUAUAAAGUCCCAACUGCUGAGUUUCUAUCCUCAGUUUUUUAG